ACCUGCUGCCACAACAGACCAGCAGCAGCCAAUCAGCGCGCACGGACUCACGACGAAAGUGAAAGUAAGGAGAAAACAAAGGCAUCGUGGUAGCGUCCAUUUGGACGUCCAGCCGCGAGUCAAAACAAUCGCCCCGACGCCGGAGAGACGUCGCCCUGUCGAGGAGCUCGUGCUGUAAAUGAACAUGGCCUCAAUGUGUAUCCUCCUUAUUAUCUUAUUCAGCAUAGAAAAUGCAAACACAGAUGAAUUUAUAAGUCUGGACUGCAGGGCUGAACAGCUGGGACAGUACGGCCGGCAGUCGCUGCUGGAAUGUGUCGUCAAAACCCUCCAAAAAGACACGCUGAUACGUAUAGUCAGCUGGAAGAAAGCGGACCGCAACAACACCGACGCCCUGCUGGUCUUUAACGAAGAGGCAAUCAUAAAGCAAAAACCAGGCUUUUUGUUUGCCCAGCCGUCCUGGGAUGUCCGAAACAUGAACGUAUCCCUGCUCAUCAACAACACCGCAGUGGAGGACAAGGGAAAUUACACGUGUGAUGUGAUAACGGACCGCGGUACUGUCUUCAAACGCACCCAUCUCAAAGUCACAGCCAAAUACAGCAAUCCAACAAUCACUCUGAAUGCAGACAAAACCCUGACCUGUAACUCCGAUGGCGGCUACCCAAAAGGCCAACUUUGCUGGUUCGGCGAGGGCAUCGCGGAGCUGACAAGUAACGUUACAACUGAGGUGAAUCAGACAGCCGGUGGUCUGUUUCAGCUCUCUAGCAGGCUGGUUGUAGGAAAAGAAUCCUCUGUCUCCAAAUACACCUGCAGCGUGUUCAAUGCCAGCGGAGGCCUAGAGGAAAAGACCCAAUACCCAGUAAUGGACGCGCCAAAAACCGAAGAACAGGAACAGCGGAAGGUGUUGGAUCCGGCCACCAGAAUCGUGGCUCCCGUGGUGGUCAUCGGAUCGCUGAUCGUGGGCUUGCUGCUCGCGCUGCUGAUUUACAGAAAGCGAUCUCAAAGUGUUCAUCUCAGGGUGCCCACAUCAGAUGUCGAGGAUGGUGAUGAUACAUAACCAGACAAUGUGGCUUGAGGAGUCCCAUCAUAUAAACGCUAAAUUACUGGCAACCUCUGAAAUCAACACUUCCUUGAUUGCUGAUGUCUCUAUCGUUGUACUUUGCCCAUUGCAAACAGCUAUAUAACCAGGGAUGACUUUAUUAUUGUGAUUCAUCACCUAAACGCACUAAGAAAACACUUCAAUCACAUUUGAAUCUAAAGAAGGACUUCGACUGAUUUCAACGAAAACCAACUUGAUGAGGAAUUUAGGAUGGCAGUGAAUGUCGUUUUGGUUGUUGGAGGAACUGUCGAGUGUAAUUGUGCCCACGCAUUAACUGUAGCCUUUGGCAGCUUGGCAGGAGAUGCCCUUCCUACUUUCUCUCGUCAUGUUGAUGUUACGAGGAACGGGUUGAAUCAUAUUACCAUGAUGGGGCAGGGGGUUGUGUUUGUGUGUUUGUGUUGGUGUGUGUUUUGUACGGGAGCACGUAUAUUCCAGGGGAAAUGGAAACGAUGUUGCUAUUUUAGUGAUUGUGCUAAAAGACGAGAGUUAAUCUAUAUUUUUCUUUCUGUCAACAAAUCCCAUGAAAAGGCCAAAUGCAGCAAUGUGCUCGUCACAAGCUGUUACACUGUUAGACAUAAAGGUGUUAAUUAGAACCACAUAGGAUCUUCAGCUUGUCCUCAUAACAGAACCCUUUUGGGUUUCUGGUAGAACCUUUUAUAAACAGUCCACUUGAACCCUUUCAGAGGGUUCAACCUAUAACCCUCUCAGGAACUUCUGAACCCUUUAAUGUAGGGAUUCAUCUAGAACUCCUCCAACAGGGUUCUACAGAGGACCCCUUUAUAUUCCAAGUGUUUUAUUUAGAACCCUGAAGGGCUGAUGUGGUGGGUGGCUGGGUUUUGGGCGGUCUUUUUUAACACCUAUGGUUUCAACAACUCUUUCUUUAAAAGAAAAGGUUUUUUUGCAUGAAAAGGGUUCUUGGAGAAUAUCACCAGCCUUUUCGUUGGUAAGGAUUCUUCUUCAGAAGUUUCUCAUUGUUUGACAACACUUUGCGUCCUGCUUAAAUACUUAAGAUGAAAUCAACUGGCCGACGUUGAGUGCAGUGUUACCCCCUCACUGCCUGAGAAUAGUCAACCCCAGCACAUCUCACAUCCUUAUUCUGACCACGGAGGAAGUACACAAGAGAGCUGCUGGUCGCACUUCCGCACGUCACAAGAUCUUCACGUUCUUGCUGUUGGAAAAUAGAGUGAAGAAAGCCCAAAACACAUGUUUGUGUUCCUCCAACUGUCUCUGUUACCUUUGGCAGCAGUACGCACCUUCAUUGACAAAUCAAGCCUCGUCUUCAGGCAGGUUUCUGGUUUUCUUCUUGUUUUCAUCUGACACCAGCUCUCAUGAGAAAUGUGCGCUCAUAUUCUCAGGCAUCGUUAUUUCUGAUCUGAGAUCUGCUCGAUAAUGAAGGCACUGACACCACCAAAGGCAAAGUUGAGAGUAUAACAGAAUCAUCUUAUCAUGCUCGAAGUGUACAAUUAACCUUGGUCCCUGACACAGAGUUGACUUUUUGGAUAGAGAAAAUUGAAAGCUUUCAAUUUGAAAGAUCAUUCUGGAAAUAAAAAAAACAGAAGAGCAUUUUUUUAAAAUAUAUAUAUAGAGUUGUUUUAUAAAAUUGUGAAGUUGUAAUGUUGUGUGUCUGUAAUAACUUCCAAUGUUGUGUUAUUUUGAUUAACAUAGACAAACAAAACUGAUCUGUGAUUUUUUUCCAUUGAAACCGUGUGAAUGAUUUUUUUAUUUCUUUUUUACUGUGUACUCAUUUAUAUUAUAUUUGCAGUGUCUUGGCAUGAUUUAAAAAAUGUCACUUUUCUGGUCAUUCCUCUCAGUUUCAUGUGGACACAGAAUUUCUGAGGGAAAAUGUCAAGACAUUGAGUCUCCAGAUGUAUUGGCUGGUAUCCAAGUGUAUCUUCUUGAUUUGUUCACACUGUGUAGGGGUCUUCAUCCUUGUUUCUCUUUCACUCAUCUUUGCAUACGUUCACGAAAAGAAAUGAAGAAAUUCUUGCACACAUUAAAAAUGUUUUUUAUUUUUUAUUUACUGUGAUACCCCCUGGCACUUUCUUAAUGAAUGCCCUUGACUUCAUAGAUCCCCUGUCCUAUAACUAUUCCUGCUUCUCUAUCAGACUGAACGUAUCUGUUUUCAGUCAAUAAACACGUAUGGCAUCUGA